CCAGCAUCCGGAGCCGGCGGCCGCGGCCAUAGAGCAGCGGAAGCGCGGGCAGAGGGUCCUGCCCGCAGGACAGCACCAUGGCCUCUCGCGGGGGUCCCCGCGCCGCCGGCACCGAUGGCAGCGACUUCCAGCACCGGGAGCGCGUGGCCUCGCACUACCAGAUGAGCGUGACCCUGAAGUCGGAGAUCAAGAAGCUGAUUUACACGCAUGUGAUCAUCUGGCUGCUGCUCCUGGCCCAGAUGUGCGUGGGGCACCUCAAGCUGCUGCCCCACGACCAGGUGGCCAUGCCCUACCAGUGGGAGUACCCCUAUCUGCUCAGCAUCCUGCCCUCCCUCCUGGGCCUCCUGUCCUUCCCUCGCAACAACAUCAGCUACCUGGUACUCUCCAUGAUCAGCACCGGCCUCUUUUCCGUGGCUCCCCUCAUCUACGGGGCCAUGGAGAUGUUCCCCAUGGCACAGCAGCUCUACCGCCACGGCAAAGCUUACCGCUUCAUCUUCGGCUUCUCAGCCGUCUCUGUCAUGUACCUGGUGGUGGUGGUGGCCGCGCAGGUGCAUGGCUGGCAACUCUACUAUAGCAAGAAGCUGCUGGACUCUUGGUUCACUAGCACGCAGGAGAAGAAGAAGAAAUGA